CCGAACUGUAACUCGAGGAUUGGAGCGCGCUCGCGUAGCCGCGUAGCCAGUGCCGCCGCGGCGUUGUAGAGCGUCGGACGUGUAGCGCUACGCCGCUACAAGCCAACCUUACCGUACAGUCGGGCCAAGUCGGGACCGAGUGACUCACUCCGACUUAGUGUAGUGACUCAACUGUGACCGUGUUUGUGUUUUAUUUUCGUGUUUCAUUAAUGUUUUUUCGAUAAUUGACUCGUUUAACAGGACAACCCCAUACGUAGUGAAGCUAUGAGCAGAAGAGUCUCAUCACGGACUUAAAUCAGUGACAAAUGACAAUCGAUUGCCUGAGAUCGAGUAUGAGGUGAUAAGUACCAAAAACAAAAUGGCGAUGGUUAUAUCGCAGACGACGAAGGCAGCUAUCGGUGGGUUCCUGGCUCUGAUGAUCCUUGGAGCUGUUCUGGUGGUUGGGGCCGCUGUGGGGUGGUUUGACCCAAGGAGAGAAGAUGAAGAUACACCGGCUAAAGUCAGCGCCAGACUUCAAGGCAGAACGUCUUUUGUUACGCAUCGUGCUGUAAACCCAGAUGAAAACAGACUGGCUGUCGUGUCAAACACUUCGCCGUUUUUCAUUGGAGAUAAAGGAGAGAAAGGAGAAAACACGAUGGGCCCCGGUCAAUGCAGAUGCAGUUUGAACGACAUAUCUCAAAUUCUUGAAGUGAUGCCAGAGCUAAAAGGGCCGCCAGGUCCACAAGGACCUACUGGAGCUGAUGGAACUACUGGUGCACCUGGAAAGACGGGACAAAUGGGUGAGCCUGGCCCUCCUGGACCGCUCGGUGCUAAAGGUGACCGAGGAGAGAGAGGUGAGACUGGAUCACAAGGGCCUGAAGGACAGCCAGGACCGAAAGGGGACCCUGGUGCUGAUGGAGCACCUGGAUUGCAAGGUCCACCGGGCCCACCUGGACCACCUGCACCGAUGGCGACAGCAUUAAUAGAAUCAACGGGAUUAUACGGGUCCAGUAAUCCUGGGGUUCUCGGGGGUGAAAGGGGACCAAUGGGGCUCCCUGGUCCUCAGGGUGAGAGGGGGUAUCAAGGGAAUAAAGGCGAGAGGGGAUUACACGGCCUGAAGGGUGACAAAGGCGAGAGGGGCUAUGUGGGCCUGAGAGGGCCACAUGGCGCGAAAGGGGAGCGGGGCCAGGCCGGCCGCGACGGAACCCCGGGCCUGCCUGGGCCACACGGACGCCCCGCCGAAAAAGGGGAAAAAGGUGCUCGAGGUCUCCCCGGUCCCCCGGGUCCCGCUGUGCCCCUAUUAUCCGAAAACGCUGUUUCGACUGACAUCACGAGGACCGACCCAGCGCUGAAGGGAGGCAAGGGAGACACCGGGGAAAAAGGAGACAAGGGUGAGAAGGGGCUAAGAGGAAUGGAAGGUCCCCAAGGAUUCCCUGGGAAUGAUGGCAAGCCGGGUGAGCGUGGGGAUAUUGGACCAUCAGGUCUACCCGGGACGCAGGGUCCACAAGGUCUAAAUGGACCUAAAGGAGAUAAGGGGGAUGCUGGCCCACCUGGGCCUGUUGCAUUGUCUAGAGAUGAAGCACUGGUGUUGACAAAGGGGGAUAAAGGUGAUACUGGACCACGAGGUAAAAGAGGGCACCCGGGACCACCUGGGCCUAGAGGACCUCCGGGGGUACCAGGACCACCAGGGACACCUGGGAAUAAUGGAAUUUCCGGUGACAUUGGAUUGCCUGGAUGGACGGGUCCACCCGGUGCUGUGGGGCAGCCAGGCCCAACGGGACCGAAGGGGGAGAAAGGGGAUCCAGGAAUUAGCCCACUUGACUUGGAAAAGGUAAAAGGUGAGAAAGGUGACCGAGGAUACGACGGAGCUCAAGGCCCGCCCGGCAAAGAAGGGCCGCGAGGGCCGCCCGGUCCCGCAGGGGCUCCUGCAACUAAUAUCCAAUACAUCUCCGUUCCCGGACCACCGGGACCACCGGGCCCGCCGGGACCACCCGCUGUUUACCCCAACGAAGUGCCAGAUACACUGACCGAUAGCCCCGGGUUCAAUCGCCUUGAGCCAAGCGCAGGAAAACAACGCGAUCCUCUGCAAAUAAUAAGAAACUUGAACCAUUUGGUACAAUACCGCCAGGAACCGUACGCUUAUCGCGAUCCCUUGGAUCCUCUCGGUGAUAACGCAGAUUUUGAGGACGAUGAAGAUGGACGGGCUAUCGUCGGAACUAUUCUGUUCAAGACUACGGAUUCUUUGAUAAGGCUUGGCACAAACAGCCCACUGGGCACUUUGGCGUACGUCAUACAAGAACAGGCGUUACUUGUUCGUGUCAACAACGGCUGGCAGUACGUCGCGAUGGGAUCGUUACUGGCUAUUCACACACCACCAGCGGGUGGACCUACAAGAACCCCAUUGCAAAGUAUUCUGGAAACUUCCAGCUUGGUGCAUCAUAAGAAUCCUGCUGUUGAAGGACCUGUGCUACGUCUGGCAGCUUUGAAUGAACCACAUACAGGGGACAUGCAUGGAGUCAGCAGCACCAACUAUGAGUGCCGGAGGCAGGCUCAGAGAGCGAAUAUGGAUGGCACGUUUAGAGCUUUCAUAUCGUCCAGGGUCCAGACAAUAGACUCUAUUGUAAGUUGGGUGGACAGAGAGAUACCGGUUGUGAACACGAGAGGUGAUGUGCUCUUUAACUCCUGGGGAGAGAUGUUUGAUGGGUCCGGAGCACUCUUCGCGCAUGCGCCAAGGAUCUACAGCUUCAGUGGACAAAAUGUUCUCAUGGACUCCGGAUGGCCGACUAAAGCCGUGUGGCAUGGUGCUAAUCCGAAUGGCGAGCCAGCAAUGGAUGCGUACUGUGACGCUUGGCACAGCAGUAAUCCCGACAAGUUUGGGCUUGCGUCUUCGCUUCGCUCCAAUAAGCUUUUAGACCAAGAGACAUAUUCAUGUAGCAGCAGACUAAUAGUUUUAUGUGUGGAAGCCACUCCAGUAGAUACAGUUAGAAGAAAAAAACGAUCCAAGUAUCGCAACUCGCCAGAGCAAUUGAAAUUUUUAAAUGAAAUUGAAGAACGAAAUGAUACUAGACGAAAUUUAUAGACAUUGACUAACUAAUUUUGAUUAGGUGUAAGUAAAAAAACAUGUGAAGACUGUAAAUAAUUGUAUGUAGUUACAUACGUUUUCGUAAAGCAAUGAUUCCGGUGGAACAUAUCGACAAUAUAUUUCAAAAUAACAGAACAACGCUAUUUGCUUUAGAUCAUGUUUUUUCUGACUAACAGUGGACCAAUAUUUAUUAUUUAUCUCAAUUUAAAAUUCAUACAUUGAUAUCCAUUGCUCAGUUAAAAACACUUCUGAUAAUUGUUUUCAGUUUAAUCGGCAAUGUACGCUGAAGUCCAAGGCUUUUUUUUGUAACUUCUGUUUUUCGCAAUCCCAAAAAGAACAGCGAAAGUAAAAUCCAAAUGCAACUGAAAGCAUUAAAAUACUUUGUUCUGCAUCUAAAAGAGCGAAUUAUUAAAAUGUUGUUUCUAACAACACUAAUAUUUUAAAACACUUUUAUAUUUUCCUUUCGCUGAGAUGGCACGCUGACUGGCAUCCUCCCACUUUUAAAACACCAUUCUAAAUGCACAGUGCAUUUAGCUAAAAAUGUUUGAAGCAAAAAAGUUACUAAGACACGAACAAUACGCUUUUUGCUUACUUUAGUGUUUCUAGUCUUCCCAGUGUUCCCACAAACGAGUAACAUUUGGCCUCGUCAAAAAAAUAUACAACACAAAUGAGUUUAUAAUUAAAAAUACAUUUUCAUU